AGCAGAAACCUGCCCAUGCUCAAAGACGUCACCGCCACCACAGGGGUUGAAGCAGGCAACUGUGCGUCGGCUGACGCGCAUAGAAAGGCUUCGACAUGCCACAUUAACAGCAAGAAAACGCGGACACGUCGCCGCACUGCGAAGCGGAGGAGAUCCGUUGCAGCUGCUCAGCAAUGUCAUUCGUGCAGCCCUGAGGAGAAAAUGAAACGCAAGAGCGAGAGGAGGCGAGCUGAAUCCAGGAAAAAACGCUGUUCAGCUCACAGCAGCUCAGAGGCGGAGCCAAACUGCGAUAUUUACAUUGAGAUAACAGAUCAACUCUAUUUUGCCAUGCUUCAGCAAAAGAUCAAAAGUACAGCGGACCGACACUGUUUCUGCAUAGAUGAAGAGCUGGCAUACGAAAAUUUUUAUGCAGACUUUGGUCCCCUUAACCUGGCCAUGUUUUAUCGCUUCUGUUGCAAGCUGACAAAGAAACUCAAGUCCAUUAUACUGUCAAGAAAGAGGAUUAUUUUUUAUACCUGUGGAGAUCAGAAGAAACAAGCCAAUGCUGCCUACCUGAUAGGCUCAUAUGCAGUCAUGCAUCUGAAUAUGAUGCCUGAGGAGGCCUACAGUCUGCUGCUGUCAAGGAAUUCGACAUAUAUUCCAUUCAGAGAUGCUUCAUUUGGAACCUGCAUGUACAAUCUGAACAUCUUAGAUUGCCUUCGGGGUGUUCACAAAGCUCUGCAGUACGGCUGGCUCGACUUCUCUAACUUUGAUGUUGAAGAGUAUGAGCACUAUGAGAGAGCAGAGAAUGGCGACUUUAACUGGAUCAUUCCAGGAAAGUUCCUUGCAUUCAGCGGGCCUCACCCAAAAAGCAAAAUAGAGAAUGGGUAUCCUCUUCAUGCUCCUGAGGCCUACAUCCCAUACUUCAGGAAACACAACAUCACCACCAUCGUCAGACUCAACAAAAAGAUGUAUGAUGCCAAACGUUUUACAGACUCCGGCUUUGAACAUCACGAUCUGUUUUUUGUGGACGGGAGCACACCAAACGACUCGAUUGUUAGGAAGUUCCUCAACAUCUGCGAGAAUUCAGAGGGAGCCAUUGCUGUCCACUGCAAGGCUGGCCUGGGGAGAACUGGCACCCUGAUCGCAUGCUAUAUGAUGAAACAUUACAGCCUGACUGCAGCAGAGGCCAUUGCUUGGAUACGGAUCUGCCGGCCAGGCUCCAUCAUUGGGCCUCAGCAGAACUUUGUUGAAGAGAAGCAGAACAGUCUGUGGGCAGAGGGAGAUGUUUUCCGGGAGAAGAUGCAUGAUGAGCAAGAGAAUGGCAAGAUGGCUGUCACCAGGAUCCUGUCUGGUGUGGAUGACAUUACCAUUAAUGGGAACAACAAAAACAGACCAUCCAAGAAAGAGGAAAUAGAACUGUACAAUGAUGAAGAAGAGAGAAACGGCCUCACACAGGGUGAUAAACUACGGGCCCUUAAGAGCAAGAGACAGGCCAGAUCAUCUUCAGGUUCACUGUCACAAGAAGAGAAUAAAAUAAACACCAGGUCGUCGUCACAGUCCCUGAGCAGGGUCAUUAUGCAGGCUGGUGUUCGGGGUUGUAAGACCACUGUGGGCCCACUGGCUCUGUCUGACCACUCAGACAGCAGGAAGAGGACCAGAACCUCACUGCCAGCUAACGGAGUAGGAGGAAGUUCUCUGCGCCACACCAGACUGGUCAAGUCCCUAGGCAACUUGCAUGUCGUGGUUGACAACAGAGACCCAAUGUGUUGUGAGCCAUGCAGCAGCCAUAGAGGCACAACCAGUGUCACAUCCAACACCUUCAUCAACUUAAACACGGCACAAGGCCACUGGCAGACGCAUUGUCUCCAGAGGACGAAAAGCUCACAGCGCUUUGCAAUCCAUUAGAUUUUCCAGGCUAUGUCACUCCAUACCCAAAGCUAGAGCCCCUCUACUUCGAUGAGCCUGUGGAUCUGGAAAUUGUGAAGAUAUCCAACUUUUUUUUGUUUUGUAGAAAGGUUGAAGCCAAUCUUAAUCAUGAGGCAUAUUUUACUGAUAGGCACUUUGGUGUUUUUUUUUAACUGUUUUAAACAUUACCUAUUUUUUCAUACUUAAUGAAGCAUGCAGUAGAAAAUAUCAUUUUUACCUACAACCAGACUGGCAUGAAUGUGUAAAUCCAAGAGAUUCCCUCCAAGAUGAGUACUGUACAGCAGAUUUGUGGUUCUGUGGAAGAAAUGGGCCAUUUGAAAGGGAAAGUAAACCUGCCCCACCCAUGUGAAAAUGAGCAUUGGUUUUCUUUUAAAAGUAUACAGGUGGAACUCAAAAAAUUAAAAUAUUGCACAGAAUUUUAGUAAUUCAACUUUAAAAGGUAGACUAAUAUAUAAACUCAUUACAUGCAAAGUGAGACAUUUAAAGGAUUUAUUCAUUAUAAUUUUGAUGAUUAAGGCUUACAGCUUAUAAAAACCCAAAAAGCUAAAUCUUAAAAUUAGAUAACAUGUAAUCAAUAAAAUGGAUUUUGAAUAUAGAAAUAUUGACCAUCUGAAGAGUAUAAUCAUGCAUAAGAACUCAGUACUUGGUUUGAGCCCCUUCUGCAUGAAUUCCUGCCUCAGUGCAGCCUGGCAUGGAUGUUAUCAGUCUGUGGCAAUGCUGGGGUGUAAUAGAAGACCAGGAUGCUUCAAUAGAGGCUUUCAACUCUUAUGCAUUGCUCCUUCUCAUGUGUCUCCUCUUCCUCUUGGCAAUGGCCUUAUAGAUUUUCUACGAGGUUCAGGUCGGGAGAGUUUGCUGGACAGUCAAGCACAGUAAUCCCUUGGUCAUUGAACCAGGCUUUGGUUCUUUUGACAGUGUGGUCAGGUGCCAAGUCCUGCUGGAAAAUAACGUCAGCUUCAUCAAACAGCUUUUCUGCUGAAGGAAGCAUGAAGUGCUCUAAAAUCUCCUGGUAGACGGCUGCAUUGACUCUAGACUUAAGAACAGUGGACCAACCCGGACAGAUGACAUGGCUCCCAAAUUAACACAAACUGGAAACUUCACGCUGCACCUUAAGUGUCUUGGUCUGUUGCUUCUCCAUUCUUUCUCCAGACUCUGGACCUUGAUUUCCAAAUCUGAUGCAAAGUUUGCCUCAUCAGAGAAUAGCACUUCAGAACACUGCUCAACAGACCAGUUUGUUUUUUCUUUAGCCAGGUAAGUUGCUUCUGACGUGUUUUGUUCAGGGGCAGCUUGACAAGAGUAAUACAACAUUUGAAGCCCAUGUCCAGGAUCCGUCUGUGUGGUGGCUCUCGAAGCUCCAACUCCAGCCUCAGCCCACUCCUUGUGAAGCUCCCCCAUAUUUUUGAAAGGCCUUUUCCUGACGAUCCUCUCCAGGCUGCAGUCAUCCCUGCUGGUUGUUUUACCUUUUUCUUCCACUUUUCCCUUCUACUCAACUUUUUAUUGAUGUGCCUUGAUGCAGCACUUUAAGAGCAUCCAACUUAUUUUGCAAUUACUUUUUGAGACUUUCCCUCCUUGUGAAGGGUGUCAAUGAUGACCAGCAACCUUCCCCAUGGUUGUGAAUUCUACUGAAAUAGACUGAGAGACCAUUUAAAUGUUUAGGAGUCCUUUGCUGGUGUUUAGGAUCAUUUAGUUGGUUAGAAUGUGGCACUUGGAGGCUACAACACGGAACCUUUUCACACUAUUCUAAUUUUUGGAGAUUUAGGCUUUUGGAUUUUCAGAAGCUGUAAGCCAUAAUCAUCAAAAUUAUAAAUGCUUCAAAUAUCUCACUUUGCUUGUGAGUAUAUAUUUAAGCUUAAUUACUGAAAUUACAUUUUUCAUAAUAUUCUAUUUUUUUCACCUUUAUCUAAAAUCAAGUUUUUUUUUUUAAACCAUGGCAAACAGUACAGUACACAUGUUUACUGCCCUUCAACAUCUGGCUCAUCUUAUUCCUGUCAUGUACUUGUCAAGCUUUUCAGCUCUUGCAUUUCAAGAGUGUUCAUGUGUCAACAUUUAAUAUGCUCAAUUUGUAUUUUGUAAAUAUUUUGUACUGUUAAAAGCAUGCUAUCAACACUGUCCUAAUGGGGCUUUGUCCAACUUCUUCAUAAUCCACUAAAAACAUGCUUAAAGCACAUAGAAUCACUUUCUAAAUAAAUUUACUCCCAGAUA